GCCACCAUCGGCAGGACCGCGACCCUCGUCACCAGGACCGCCUCCGGCAGCCACCGCCCGUCCCCCGUCUAUCCGAAUACCGACCGACACCUCGAGCUCGGGCCCAUGUGCUAGCCGACCGGCGAACGAGGACGAGGUUCUCGGAUACCAAGAUGCCGUACUACGGUGAUGGAGCGCCGCACUAUUACAGCGCGCCCUUCGCCAACCACAGCUCCCUCAUGACGGGCAGCGGCCGCAGCUACCACAACCCAAUCGCUGCUCGUUACUCACCACACUUAUCAACGAUCUCCGAGUCACCAUUGAGCGCUUUGCGACGUUACUCACCGGCAGUUUCAGCCAGCAAAAGUUCAAUUUCAUCUAUUGUCCGGCCUCGUCGAAUCAUCGAUACAGCCGACAUCGAUGUCUCGAAACCUCCUCGCACGCUUACUCAGGAAAAUCGUCAGCAACGCCAUCGACUUCGCCGCGAUCGGCCUACGAUUAAAAUUCGUUCCCAAGCCUUGAAGGACAAUCCGGCAUUGCGCGAAUACAAUGAGAAGCACGAGAAAACGGUCGGGGAGCUUCUCGUUGAGAAGUUUCUGAUAAAGGACAAGCAGUUGGACGAUGGCCAGAACGAGGAGAAAACGAAACUUUAUCACCAAGUCAGUCUCAUGGCUAACGACGAUAAGUCAAAGGAACAGCCGGUUUUGGACGACGAGGAAUGCGAGAAUGACAUUUUAAACGCCAUAAGACGCCGCGUCACGAGGCGCAUGACCCGGAGAAGAUCGUCGGCUGACGUGAUUCCUCUGGAUCCUGGGCAAUUGGAGAGGGAGGCUGCGCUUCACGCUGCCCAAGCCGUGGCAUUGGACAGUCUCGUGGCCGCGGAACAGGCGGAGCUGGAGGUCGAGGCACGGAGAGGUACAUUUAUGAAAAGGUCGGUUAUGCGAUUGCCAUCGGAGAUAUCCGAAGAGUCGGAGAGGGGUGAGGAUUACGAGGCCGAAGAGGAGAUUAAAAUAGACCCAUUAAAUAAGCACGCUGGAACAACGAAGAAGAGGAAAAAGAAAGUCGCGGAGGGUGGUAGUUUGUGUGCUAAAGCUUGCGACGGGGCUGAUGACGGUCGCUUUAAAGGGGACGCUGCAGAGUUUGAAUGGGACGAUAGAGACAAAUGUAAUGACGUGAGGUUGAUUAUGCCGGCGACUAAUGAGACACUUAAUGACAAAUUGGCCGUUACGAAUAGGGACGAAGCUGUCGAGCCUGCGACGAGAGUUGACGACGACGACGACGACGACGACAACAAGGCAAAAUGCGCGCAAAAAGUUAAAAAUCCAAGCAUUCUUAAUGACUUAAAGGCUGAUGUAAAAAAGCGAACGGUCAGUGCAAAGUCGAAAAGUAACGAGAAAGUAGAUGUUAAUAUUGAAGAGCAGGAUAAAGAAAUAGGGGGAGUGGAAGAUAUGAAGGAGACGAAUAAGAAGAUAAUGGAAGGUGUUGGUGGAAUGGGGCCUGAACGCGACAAAUUGACAGUCGACAAAGUGAUUUUAUCGAAGAGAUCGGUAGUGAAACGGGACGAGGAUAAUGCCAUAGAUGAGAAAAGGAAAAUCACGAAAAUCAAGGCUAUCGAUGAUAAUGUGGGAGUGCGCGAUAACGAUAGUGAAUCGAUUAAGGAAGUAGGCGAAUCGGAAGCGGCUUAUCAGGUAAUUCCGGAUAUUGGGGAGCGAGCGUUGGCGAGUAAUCGGCGAGAAAUGAAAAGAGCGGUAUCCGUACCGCAGGAGGAAAUGGUGAAAGAUGCCGAUACGAUACCGGCCUACAAAAUCGAAGCCUGCAACAGCGUCGGCGACUUCUCCACUUUGUUUAUCAAAUCGUCAACUAGCCGUACGCCCGUAUCGGCUAAAGCAAUAGAGCAGUUUCGCGAGAGUAUAAGACUGCCAGCACCUCGGAAAUUCGGGGCAAUGGGAAUUAGUAAUAUCGAAACGAAAGUUGUGUUGCCGGUACGUAGAGCCUAUAUACGUGACACAUCACGAAACAGCGUUUAUCUGGCGUUGAAGCCAAGCCAGAAUAUGCGUGAAGGUGGACUUGGCGCCAGUGACAGUUCGUCAAUUAUUAUCGACGAAAUGAGGAAGGAAAGUGGUAGCGAAGGGGCGGCGUCGAUCGAUCGAAGGCUUGCCAAAACCGGCGUCACAGAUCGAAAUCGAUCAAAGAUCGUCGUUAGCGAGUCGGUUAUUAGUGAGGCGACGGAUGCUUUGAAGAUUGGCGAUACGGCUUACGACAUCCCAAACGUCGUGAAAUAUGAUUGUGAUGAAUCGACGGGAGUUAAUAGAGAGCCCGAAGUUUCGUCGAUCGAUGGAAGGAUAAGCAAAGUUGGUAGUGGAGAUAAGGGGGAGGAAUUUGUUUCGUGGUGGGAUGAAAUAGAGGAAGCGUCGAGUACGGAAUUUGAUGAUAAAAGGAGAGAUACGGCUGAAGGCACAGUCGAUGAUCCAUCAAAAUUGAAGGAACGAGGCGUUAAAAAAGGCAUAAAACGCGAGGUUGAACGUGCAAAAGAAGCCAAAUUGGUGGGAACGAGCGAUAAAAUUGUUAAUAAAAAUAAGCCUGUGUGCAAGGUUGUCGAUAAGAAGGGGGAGAAGGUGAAAAAUGAAAAGCCCGUAUUGGAUAAGGAAGUGCCGAUAAAAGAGAAGUUGUAUAAGCAAACGAGCGGGAAUAGAAGAGACGAGCCAGUGCCGAAGGGAGAAUUGAGUGAAAAGGAAGGAGAAGACUCAUCGACCAUUGACAUUAAUAAAGAGAUUAGUAAGGAUGAUGAAUGUAUUUCGGGCUCAGCGAGGAGCGGUGACGCGAGCAAGCGGAAGAAAAUCGUCAACAACGAUACGAUAAAGAUUAAGUACGAAUCAGUGAAGAACGAUCAGCGCUUAGCGAAUAUCCCCGAGGAACCGAAAUCGACGUCGCCGACGGAGAAAAAUGAAUCGGAGCUAUUCGGACUGAAAUCGGUAACGAACGACUCAAGCGAAACGACGUUUAAUAAAGUUUUACAUACGAGGGAAAAGCCGAGUUUCUCGGUCGCAUUAAAGAAAGCAGACGCUCAGUUACAGAAAUCCAAGCCAAAUUCCGAGAAUAGUAAAUCGCGGAGCGAGAAUAACGAGAGAAAGAAGAAAGUGAAUGCCGAAGCUAUAAUGAAGAUUGAGAAACAGAUACUCGAAGACGCGGAGUCGCCACGGAAAAUUCUCACGACCGCGAUACCCGAAACGCAGCUAAUCGAGCCAUCCGCGGUCACGUUAUCCGCGGAAAACGAAAAAGAAUUUGACUCAGCGUCGCUCGAGGCGAAAGUAGGUCUACCACCAACGAAGAAAAAGUCAUCGGAAGCGACUGCAGCACAGGGAGCAGAAAUAGACUUCUGGAGCGAGAUCAAAGCUCAGGAGAGUGUGAAAGUUUCCGGAACGCGGAGGAAAGCUCAGUUACCCGUUGACUCGACGACGGAGGACAGCGGUGGCGAAGAGCAACCGGGAAAAUCUGGCGAGAGUCGCAAUUUCGACUCACCGACGAAUUCCCAGCAAGACCGGGGAGAACAAAGGCUCCAUCUAAUAUCGCUCGACGCACAAUCCAAUGUCCCUUCGGCAUUAUUGCGGGACGUGAAAAGUCCAUCGACUGCCCGAAACUCGGAGUCGACGAUCGUAACGACUGCGAGUAAUAAUCAGGCAGCGCUGAAGGAUCGUCGUCAGCCAGGAGAGGAGAACGGCAACUCGGCCAUUAGAUCCGAUGUCAUCGGGACUGUCGACGUAACGAGUGACGAACGACUGCUUAAGGAAGAGUCAUCGGCGAACGUCGACGUUGCUCCAGGUGGUAUUAAAAAACUUUCCAAAUGGACGAAGCACGAUAAUCUCUCGAACCUAAAGGAGCCGAGCGUAAAGUCACCUCGGCUUACUAUCAACGAAGCGACGUCCCAAGCUUCAGUGCCAGACUCGUCCACGGUGACGAAGAAAAAAGUAUCGAAAAGGAAGAAAGCGUCGACGGCCGGGAAGAAGAAGGCCGAGAAGACCGAGAGCACCAAGACGAGCGCGAAAGCUAAAGUAACGAUUAAGAAAAUCGCACCCUCGCCACAAACGUCCCAGUUAAAAGCACCGAUGUCACUAUCCGGAUCGCCGAGGAACACUCCCAGUCAGCGACCAGCCGAUCUCAAAAAGUUGUUCUACAAUACCCCGGCGAUAUUGCUGACGGCGACACCACGAGAUUUGCGCAAAGUCCGAAGGGCCAAGGCCAAGAAGAAAAAUCCAACGACGAGAGCACUGUCGCUUAGUAGCGACAGCACGGGGAGUACCCGAAGCACAGCCACGACGUCGACCGAGGAGAGCAGCAAUUGCGACGAGGAUGCCGAGCAGAGGAGAUUAGCAUCAACACGAAGUUAA